UGAAUGAUAUAUAGACCAGACCAGUACAGUAGCAGCUAUUAGCAAAUAAUGAAUUUUUGCAUAGUGAUAUUUAUUUUUAUAAUGCAGUAUUCCAUCUGAAAGCUGUCAAAAGUAAUACUGACAAAGAAAAUAUAACAAUCAUCAUCAGCAAGAGUAGAUUCUGUGAGCUGUCAUGUUGACACAUGUCGAACAUGAUUUACUUUACACUGCAUUUAAUAAUUGAGCCAAGUUACUUAAUAAUUUAGAAUAUAAAUAUGGAUUCCGAAAAUCAAUCCUACGCAAAUUACACACCUUCUGUUGAAACCUGUAUAAUAUCACGGAGAUUUAAUCAGACAAUAAUACCAGAUAUCUACGCUGGUAUUCCAGCAAACUUUCUAUUUAAUUUAAUUGGUUUUCUAUGUCUAGUAUUUUUGUUUGGUUUACUGAGAAAAAAAGCAUGGAAUUAUGGACGACUAGCUUUGCUACACAAGUCGGAUAAUAGAUGGAUGGAAUUGUUUUUCGGUGACAAUGAAGAAACCCAAGAAAAUGAUGUCCGGACAGCGGAGGCAUCAGUAAGUGCUCAACUGUCAACUAUUGACAGGGGAUUUUUUUCAUGGGUUGUCGCUGCCUUCAAAGUUAAUGACAGAGAAUUAUUAAGACGAGCAGGACCGGAUGGUUUACUUUACGUAACAUUUGAACGUCAUCUUAUUGUCUUGACAUUUAUGAUGAUGGUUGUUGCUCUGUGUGUUGCAUUACCAAUUAAUUAUAGUGGUACUAUGCGUCGUGAUAGCAAUGAAACAUUUAGUCUUACAACUUUAUCUAAUGUAGAUGCGAGGUCCAAUUGGAUGUGGGUUUAUACAAUUAUUGUUAUGUCAUAUUUACCUAUAGGUAGUUUUGUUAUGAGAAGAUUUAUGAAGCAGGUCCGUGAUGCACGACCCUCUGGGGAAUUGGCAGCUAGGACAUUAUUGAUAAGUGAAAUCCCAAAGCACCAAUGCAAUGUUGAUAGUCUUACAGAAUAUUUUAAAGAAGCAUUUCCUACACUUACUGUUGAAGAUGUUACCCUAGCUCAUGAUAUUAAAAGAUUGUCAAUUUUAGAAGCUCAGCGUGAUUGCGCAGAACAGGCUAGACUGUAUUGCGAGAAUUAUAACAAAAGAAAAGAACCAUUAAAAUUAUAUCCACAUCCGUGUGGUCAAAUUAUUGGAUGCUGUUGCAAAAAAAAAAUAGACGCACUGGAAUUUUAUACUGCUGAGGAAAUAAGAUUGACAGCAUUAGCUGAAGAAGAAAAAAAAGUUGCUUUAAGUAAACCUUUGGGUAUAGCUUUUGUAACAUUGGGAACACCUGGAGCUGCGAGGACAAUGCGCCGUCAGUUACGUUCAGCACCGGCUAUAAAGUGGGUUGUCAAUUACGCCCCAGCUCCCUCAGAUAUUUUCUGGGAAAAUUUGAAUAUACCUACACCUUUUUGGUAUUUGAAUGCUAUUGCUAUUAAUUUAGCGCUAGCUAUUUUUUUGUUCUUCGUAACAACUCCAGCUGUCGUAAUGUCAGCUUUAGAUCAAUUGGACAUAACUCCGGAACUCAAAAAUUUGGGUUCAGUAUUGUCGACAUUUCUUCCGACUCUCAUGCUUGUGAGUAUCACGGCCCUCAUGCCAGUACUAGUUGGACGUAGUGAGUUAUUAGUGAGACACUGGACAAGAAGUGGUUUAAAUAAUGCGGUGAUGAAAAAAACCCUAUCACUUUUAUUACUUAUGGUAAUUAUUUUACCUAGUCUAGGAUUGACUAGUGCUCAAGCUGUUUUAGAAGGUCCUAUUUUUGGUAAUUCAACUAUUAAAUGGGAAUGUAUUUUCUUAGCUGAUCAGGGUGCACUUUUUGUGAAUUAUGUGAUUACUGCAUCCUUAUUUGGUUGUGGUCUCGAGCUUGUAAGAUUUCCAGAAUUAAUAUCAUAUACAUUUCGACUUUGCAUGGCAAGAAGUCGUGCUGAACGUGUUUACGUUCGAAAAGCUGUACUUUGGGAAUUCCCACUUGGUGCACAUUACGCAUGGCUAUUACUUGUGUUUACAAUGACCACAGUGUACAGUAUGGCAUGUCCUUUAAUAACACCAUUCGCUCUUUUGUAUUUUUUGAUAAAACAUCUGGUCGAUCGCCAUAAUUUAUGUUUUGCGUAUGGACCAAGUAGUGGAAGUGGUAAAUUAGCCAGUGCUGCAGUAAGUGCUGCUGGUGCCGCUCCUGUAUUAGCACAGGCAGCACUUCUGGCACUUGGUUUGGUCCGAAAAGGUUUGUCACCUCUCGCGGCUCUUCAACUUAGUGGUCUUGCUGCCAGUAUUUUAGGCCUGGUAACUGGAGCUACGCUGCCAGCUUCAAAACCAAAGCCACAGAUAGUUAAACGUGACUUUUCAACUGGUCAGAAUUUUAUUGCGCCAGUAUUACGGAAGAAAUAUGGCUCAUUUAUUACUGAAGAAGUAAUAUCAGUUACAUCAAACUCUCAAGUAACUGUUUCAACGGAUAAUAGUCAGGCAGAUAGUAGUCCAUCAUUGGUUCAAGACAGUCCAAAACUUUACCAAAAUUACGGUAGAGAUACUGGUACAUAAAAUUAAAAAUAUAAAAAUAACUAUAUUUAUUUUUUACUAUCAUUCAUGUUUAUGUUACUGAAUUAUCAAUUUAAAAUUAACGUCACCUUAUUUUAAAAUUAAAAUUUAUUUAUUUAAGUAUUUAAAUU